GCAUCCGAAAAAGUCUUUGCCUCCACUGCGUCAAUAACCUGCUGGAUAGAAGUGCGCGUGUCAGCAUUCACGGCUUCGUUGGACGUGAGCGCCCGGAUAGCGUCCGGCACCGAAGCACCCUGUACAACUUGCUGGAUCAGCAGUGCCGUGGCCACCGCCGCGUUCUCGGCCUCCUCUCCAAUCUCGUGCACGCGCGCCGCCUCACGCGCCUUCUGCAGCAGGACGGUCGUGUCCUGGAAGUAGCGCGCAGCAAGAAUUGGAGCCUUGAUUCCGCCGUGUAGGUCCUUGCUGGGUGACGCUAGCUCCGGGUACCUUUUGCCCGCGUCGCCUUUGACGACCAUCUCCUUAAAGACACUGUUCAGCCGACCCGUGUAGGCCUUGGCGGCACGAUAGGACACCAUGGCGAACUCCUCCGGCACGAACUCGCCGCGCUCAGCCACAUCCUGUAGCAGCGGAAAGAUCUCGUCUCCGUACGGCGACAGUGCGCCGCUCUCGUACGAGUAGAAGGGGCAGGAUGGAGGCUCGUAAAACUCGGGACCUGCUGAGCCACGCGCUGCCGCGAGCUCCUUCAUCUUGUCGCCAUCGUAGAUCCAGUGGAGCCCCAUGGUAGCAGCGUCAGCCACAAAGCCGCCGGCCACGGCCGCCAGCGCACGCUGCUUGGCGGUGAGAGACAUAGUAGACGGGCUGGACUGAUGCGUUGUUGCGGAGACGUUUACGUCCCAGAGAGCGGAUUCGGAAGUGAGCGGCUGAUUCCAGUAACCAACGAGCAGCACGACCACUGAGGAAGCCACGAGUCCAAGCAGUCCUAGUCGCAGACGCAGGUUGAACAUGAUAAUACGAGCGACAAUAAAUACGGGACGUGAUCACUUAAUAUGGGACGAUCACAACGUAAUCUGCGGCGACAAAGGUGACGAUGUCUGUCGGAGCGGAAGCUAGGAAGCGCGCGAUGAAGGCCAAGGGCGGCAAUGGCACCGUCCUCGGAUUCGCCCUCGUAGUUGCCGCUGGCUUUUUCUCCAUCCCGUUCGUCGCUCACUAUACCAAGGGUGCCAAUCUGACUGCCCAGGAGAAGCCGCUUAACGCGUCACAGAUCCGACGUGGGGCCUACGCGAAUAGUGGUUCGCGUGACGCAGGAGCUGACCCGGACUGGGAUAUGUCGACGGGCACAUACCAUGGCCGACGUGGACGGAGCGUGAAACACUCCACUGCAUCCAUGCACGCAAGCGAGUAGGCGUCAAUGGCAGGGGCACAAUAGCUCUAAUAAGAAGGAGGUCUGCAAGUCUUACUGUAAUGCUUCUAUAUAUUCAGACACACAAGCGGCGCUGCUCGUUCACGGGGCAGCAACUAUCUAGCUAAGGUUGGCGUAUUUGCUCUUCUUGCUUUUCUUGCCCUUUUUGCGGUCGCCGUCCGCGUCGGCCGAGCGCUUGUUGUGCUUGUAUUCCUUCUUCGGCUC